AUGGCCGUUAACAAUAACAAAUUUGAAGAAAUUAUGGUAAAUAGUACUUUGCACACAGCACAAAAUACAGCAUUUUACCAUGUAAAACCAUACAUUCAUGGUUCAUUCGGUCUAUGGAAGUUCUGUAGUAAUACUCAUACUAGUUUGACUAUUACGUGUGAUACAUAUACAAGAGCAAGUCGACCGGAAUAUUUCAGUCUUAUUUUGAUACUAGUUUCGUGUGUUUUGUUUCUUGUGAAUUUGGCAAUAUUCCCAUCUUGGGCUUCAACAAUUUUGGUACUUUACAAUGCAAAUAACGCCUAUGUAGCAUACAUUGUUGUUUUUAUCUGGACUACCUUUCUCUUUUCGUUGGUAAUAUCUGUACUUCUCGUAUGUGUGAUGAUGUUCGUUGGCGCAUCAUCUUUUUAUGCACCGGGACAUAUUACAUCGUCUGAUCGAAAGACUAUUUAUCAUGGUGAUAGCGGAUUGUUUUUAGUGUUUUGUUCAACAAUACUAUCACUUAUUUGCUUGUUGGCGUUAAUUAUCACGUUAAUAUGGAAGAAAUUCAUCGAUGUUAAAUUGUAUGAAGCUGAGAAAGAACUCUAUCGACAACUCGCAGAUGACAAUUUCCAACCCGGCUGGAAUAAAAUUAUCAGAAUACAGCGUACCGAUCGAAAUUCGGACGAAGACGAUAAUAAUUCGUACUCACCACCGCCGUACCAAGACAAUGCUAGAACAACGAAUCAAUAA